AUGUCUGAAAUCCUUCAAAAUAGGAAGAGGGAGAGCUCUUUCCCGUUCAUGGUGGUCUUUGCAAAUAGCUUAUCCUGAAACCCUAAAAACAUAUAAAGUCAAAUACGAUUUAAUGGCGGUCUCUGCGUUUUGAAACCCUAGAAAACCAGAGAGGGAUCUUGCUUUGACAUCGUGGAAUCAAGAAACGCUCUGAAAAUUGGGAAACAGGGAGGUCUGGUUUAAUGGCGGACGUUGUGAAGACGACAUGGCACCAAUAUCUGUUGCAACUGCAACUUCAUCCUUUGAGAACAAAGGCUAUCACUGCUGGUUGUUUGGCUGGAUGUAGUGAUUUCAUGGCUCAGAAGAUCUCUGGUUUAAAGAAGCUUCAGUUGAGGAGGCUUCUUCUUGUAAUGCUAUAUGGUUUUGCCUAUGGUGGACCUUUUGGGCACUUUCUGCAUAAGUUGAUGGAUAUCAUAUUCAAGGGCAAAAAGGACAGUAAGACAACACUCAAGAAGGUACUCGUGGAACAGUUAACUUCAAACCCUUGGAACAACUUCGUCUUCAUGAUGUAUUAUGGCCUGGUUGUGGAGAGAAGAUCAUUUGGAUUAGUCAAGAAUAAAGUAAAGAAAGACUAUCCCUCUGUUCAAUUGAUGUCUUGGAGGUUUUGGCCAAUAGUUGGUUGGGUGAACUAUACCUACGUGCCCUUACAAUUCCGUGUUCUCUUCCACAGCUUUGUUGCGUCAUGCUGGGGAAUAUAUCUGAAUCUGCGUGCUCGGUCUGCUCUUGCUGCCAUAAAGAAUGCAUAAAUAUUGGUACCAUAAAUGCUUAGUUAUGAAACUUUCUUUUUUAGAGUGGGUUUUCUGAUUAUUUAGUAGUGGGAUUGCCAUGAAUGGCGUUGGUGAUAUUUUUAGUUAAAAGUGUGGAAAAAAGAUCUCCCCAUGGGAAAUAUAAACUUUGUUCCUGUUGAAAUUUUGUGUUUUUAAUUAUUUGUUAUUGAAAUAUCGUGGAAUAAAUGUAGAAAAUUAGGAGGUUAUCUUAUAUAUUUGUUUCUAGUUGGAUGAUCA